AUGCACUGGACACCGGAACACGCCCAGCCCCUCAACCAGUGGCCAGAGCAGCACCUAGACGUCUCCUCCACCACCCCCUCGCCAGCCCACAAGUUGGAGCUGCCCCCGGGGGGCCGCCAGCGCUGCCAUUAUGCCUGGGCACACGACGACAUCUCCGCGCUCACCGCCUCCAACCUGCUCAAGCGCUACGCAGAGAAGUACUCAGGGGUCCUGGACUCGCCGUACGAGCGUCCAGCCCUGGGCGGCUAUGGUGACGCCGCCUUCCUCAACGGUGCCAAGGGGGACCCCGAGCCCUGGCCAGGGCCCGAGACGCCCUACCCUUUGGCCUCACUCCACGAGGGCCUGCCAGUAACCAAGUCCGGCAGCGGGGGCGGUUCUGGAGGCCUGGGGGGCUCCCCGGUGCUAACCGGGAACCUGCCCGAACCCCUCUACGCCGGCAAUCCAUGCGGGGGCCCGUCGGCGGCGCCCGAGUACGCGGCGGGCUACAGCGGGGGGUACCUGGCGCCCAGCUACUGCGCGCAGACGGGCGCCGCGCUGCCCCCACCGCCCCCGGCCGCGCUGCUGCAGCCGCCCCCUCCGCCGGGGUACGGCCCCUCGGGGCCUCUCUACAACUACCCCGCGGGCAGCUACGGCGCGCAGCCCGGCUACGGGGCCCUCCCGCCGCCGCCAGCGCCGCCCCCGGCCCCCUACCUGCCGCCGGGGCUGCCGGCGCCCACGUCCCUGCCCGCGCCCGUGCCGCCCCGGCCGCCGCCGCCCACCUCCUACGACUUCCAGGCGGCGGCAGCUGGCGCUGAAGCUGGGAUCUCGCUGAAACGCAAGGCUGCCGACGAGGGCGGGGAGGGGCGCUACCGCAAGUAUGUCUACGAGCCCAAGGCCCCCGGGGCCGAUGGCGACGCCUACCCCGCCGCCGACAACAGCGACUGUCGGGGCAACGGGUUCCGAGCGAAGCCGACGGGAGUAGCGGAUGAGGCGUCGGGCAAGUACAGUGGCAGUGUCCCCCUCAAGGUCCUGGGCUCCCCAGUGUACGGCGCGCAGCUCGAGGCCUUUGAAAAGUUUCAGGAGCGAGCUCCCGCUCCCCGCGGGAGCUUUGCGGUGCCGUCCGGGGAGGCGCCCAAAGGGGCGGACCCGGGCGCCCUGGAGCUGAUGACGAGUAAGAUGGUGGACUGCGGGCCCCCAGUGCAGUGGGCAGACGUGGCGGGCCAAGGAGCGCUCAAGGCGGCGCUGGAGGAAGAGCUGGUGUGGCCGCUGCUGAGGCCCCCCGCCUACCCCGGCAGCCCACGGCCGCCGCGGACCGUGCUUUUCUUCGGACCGCGGGGCGCCGGGAAGACUCUGCUGGGCCGUUGCCUCGCCACGCAGCUGGGCGCCACGCUGCUGCGCCUGCGCGGUUCCACGCUCGCGGCGCCGGGCACGGCGGAGGGAGCGCGCCUCCUGCAGGCAGCGUUCGCGGCUGCGCGCGGCCGUCCUCCGGCGGUGCUGCUCAUCAGCGAGCUGGACGUGCUGCUCCCAGCCCGGGACGACAGGGCCGCCGUGGCCGCCGGAACGCUGCAGGCCCCGCUCCUGACGUGUCUGGAUGGCGGCUGCGGCGCAGGGGCGGACGGCGUGCUGGUGGUGGGCACCACCUCGAGGCCCGCGGCUCUGGAUGAAGCGACCCGCAGGCGCUUCGCUCUUCGCUUCUACGUGGCGUUGCCCGACAGUACGGCCCGUGGGCAGAUCUUGCAACGGUCGCUGGCCCAGCAGGGCUGUGCGCUGAGUGAGCGGGAGCUCGCUGCCCUGGUGCAGGGCACCCAGGGCUUCACAGUGGGGGAACUGGGGCAGCUGUGCCAGCAGGCAGCAGCCGGGGCGGGCCUCCCAGGGCUGCAGCGACCCCUCUCCUACAAGGACUUGGAGGCAGCACUAGCCAAGUUUGGCCCUAGGAUCUCCCCCAAGGAGCUGGACUCGUUCGUGGAGUGGGACAAAAUGUAUGGUUCUGGACACUGA